AUGACAGUGGAAAAACAAGUCAAAGUCAGCAGCUCGGCUGUACGCUAUGGUGCCUCCUAUGGAGGGAACCGACUCUUCUCCGCAAAUAGGAACUUUAGAUCAGGAGGGUUUGGAGGUGGCGCAGGAGGUGGCUUUGGUGGCAUUGGCAUCUCCAGGGCGGUUGGGUUAGGAGCAACUGGAGGAGGCUUUGCUGGAGGAUAUGGUGGAGGUUUUGGUGGAGGUUUUGGUGGAGGAUAUGGUGGAGGUUUGGGUGCAGGUUUUGGUGGAGGUCUUGGUGGAGGCUUUGGUGGAGGUCUGGGGCUGAGGGGUGGAGCUUCAGGUCGCUUUGGUCUAGGCGCAGGGGGAGGUUUUGGGUCAGGUAGGUCUGGAGGAGCCUUUGGGGUUCUUAAGAGCCGCAUUGGAGGAAGAGGGUUCAAGGUUGGUAGCUAUGGUUCAGGCCCUUCAUUACUGUUUGGUGGUGGAAGACCAGAACUUGGGGGUUUGGGGGGAUUUGGGGGUCUAGGAGCUGUUCCAGGUAUUUCUGAAAUGCCAUCCAUUGACCCAUCACUGCCCUCCGUGGACACUGUCCAAGUCACCCGCCAGAAGGAGAAGGAGGAACUCCAGAUUCUGAACAACAAGUUUGCCAAUUUCAUUGACAAGGUCCGCAGCUUGGAACAUCAGAAUACCAUCCUCAAAGCUCAAAUCAACCUCUACAAUCGAAGUGACCCAAAUGGACCAGCCAAUGCCACCGUGGUUACCACCACUGCUGUAGCUGGCUACAAAGCCCAGAUUGAGGUCCUAACUCAAACCAAAGGAGCACUUUUGGCAGAAAUUGAUCACUACAAGAGUGCAAUUGGUGAAAUACAAUCCAAGUAUGAUGAUGACAGUUCAGUCACAAAGUCCCUGGAGGGAGAAUGGACUACACUCAAAGAGGAUGUUGAUCACUUGUACCUGACCAUCUUUGACCUUCAGACCAAACUGACUGGAGUAGAGGAUCAAAUUACUCUUUCCAAACAAGUGUAUGAUGCUAAAGUAAGAGAAGUUCAGACAAUCAUUACAAGUGGCACCAAAGCAGCCGUUUCCAUUUCAUUUGACAACUAUGCUCAAGCUGUGGACCUGACGACAGCCAUCUCAGAAAUGAAAUCACAGUAUGAAGUACUCGUCCACAAGACCAAACAAGAGGCAUUCACAGCAGCUGAAAACAAGAUUGUUCUGGCUUCUGGCCACACACAGCCAUCCGUACAUACUCUGACUUCAUUCAAGGAGGAGUACAGGACGAUGAAGCUGCAGGUUGACGCAGUUCAACGGGAAAUAGAAAGGAUUAAGAGCCUGAACAUUCAACUGGAGACUCAGAUCGCUGAAGCAGAGACCAGCACCGGCAGCGAUACUGACACAUACCAAGAGCAGGUUUCAGCCCUCAAGGCUCAGCUAGAUGACAUUAGAAAGCAAAUUGCCCACUAUGGUCAAGAAUAUCAGGACCUCCUGGCAGUGAAGAUGGGAUUAGAUGUAGAAAUAACAGCCUACAAGAAGCUGAUGGACAGCGAAGAAUUAAGACUGAACUCUGGAAGCGGCAUCACAGUACUGAUGUCCAAAGCUAGCAUUAGCGGAGCAGCUGGUGGUGGUGGCGGUGGAGCUGGAUAUGGUGGAGGACUAGGAGGUGGUCUCGGAGGAGGACUUGGCGGUGGCUUCGGAGGUGGCUUCGGAGGUGGCUAUGGAGGUGGCUAUGGAGGUGGCUAUGGAGGUGGCCUUGGAGGUGGCCUUGGAAGUGGCCUUGGCCUCGGUGGUGGCCUUGGAGGCGGUCUCAGCAGUUCACUAAGCCUGGGUGGCGGCGGCGGCAGCGGAGGUUUCGGAUAUGGAGGCAGCUUGUCAGGAGGAUUACAGUAUGGAAGCCUGAAUUCUAGCUCAAUAUCCACAUCCACUGGUUUUUGAAGAACAAAUGUUGAAGAACAUCACCUGAUAUGAAUUUCUUAGAAAUCAUAAUGUAAAACCAAUGCGGAGUUCUAAAGAAAACAACCAGAGAGUUCUCCACGCAAAAAAAGUAAUGAAAAAACAGAAAAAAAUCGUAUCUGCACUCACAGAGCUUCC